UCAACAAAACAGCAUCAGUUUAAUUUGAAUUCCAUCAUGCAGCAGACCACAGCAUCAAACAGGCGAACGAUGAACUCGUUGGAGCGUCGAAAACGUUACCAGGAGCUGAUAGAUCAAGGGCAUGACUUAGCCCUGAGGACGCAAACCCAGAAAGCCAUCGACAUAUUUCAGGGCGUUUCGUCGAUUCUCAUGCAAACCAACAGUCUCAUGCAGCAGGGCAUAGAACAUGAGCGGAUGGAUAAUGCGUCCGAAGUGUGUAUGAACGUUCAGGUCGUAAAAAUGAGCCACGACCUGGUUGGAGCUGCUCUACAACAGAACGAAAGCUCUCAGUUCUGCGAUGAAGAAUUCGCUGCCGCCAUAAUGACCUAUGUCGGUAGCACCGAUAGCCAGGAAGGAUGGGAAGCGAUCGGCGAGGGAGGAAUAACAGCCUUCCGCAUGUCGAAACAUUCCCCCUGCCUUCUCGGUACAUUUAAUUUUCAGUCGGUUCCGAUGGAAAAAGUAGUGAAAGAACGUCGCCGACGACAACGCCAAGAGCUGGGAGAAGCCCGCAAACCGGAAACGGUUCAUAAGCUAAACCAAGAGGAGGCGGAUGCACGAAAACUGCAAGACAUAAUGGAGCAAUUGAAAAACAUCUACGAAGAAAGAGGCUCAUCCAUUCCAUACUUCGAGCUUGUGACGGACCCGACUGACUACAUGUGCACUGUGGAUACUGCAUUUCAGAUCUCUUUUCUUAUUCGCGAUGGUGCCGUCGCUUUGGAAACGGUCGGAAACGUCUUACGUGCCCGACCCACCACCGACCUCGAGAAGAAGCAAAGCAAGAGCAGCGAUGAUAAUAUUCAAGCUAUUCUGUCGCUAAACUGGACACAAUGGAAGAAUGCAAUCAAGCAAUACCGCUUAACAAGGCCCCUCCUGACCAUCGAUCGAGACAUGCUCGAUGAAAGCAACGCUGGACAGUGAUUUAGGACAACCAAAACCGCCAUGCCGCAUGUACAAAUAACACAUAAUCGUUCUUUGUUAAAAUAAGUAACGGUAAGGGAAACAUGUAUCAGUUUGUCAUCAAAUGAAGAAAAGAAAAACCAUCCAGUUCAAAAAUUUUAAAAUGUGAUUUAG